AAACUUUGAACUUUGAAGUGCCAAUCUUUAAGAAUUGAGCGCAAAUGACAGAGGCUUUCAUCUCUCUCUUCUCAAUUCUAGAACCCUUGCAAGAAAUACAAAUACACCAAUGAAUUGAAAGCAAAAUGCCACAAGUCACAGCCCUCCGCCUCCUCUUCCUCUCUUCAUUCCCUCUUCUCUCCCCCCUUAAACCCUCUCUCUCUCUCUCUGUCCUCUCCAAUCCCAGACCCCGCCGCUCUCUCUUCACUGUUCUCGCCUCUAAACGGCACCGAAGGGAUCCUACCCAGUCUCCAAAUCUUGCUCGCAGAAACAGCAGCACUCUUAGGGAGAGCAAAGAGGUUCCGAUGGACGAAACUGAGCGUGUUGGAUUCAAUAAGAGAAGGGCCGAGGGCAAAGACAAGAGUGAUAGGCCCCGGAAGAGCCUGCAGCUGAAAGUGCGCGAACUCAACCCUGCCAAUACCAUAGCUUAUGCGCAGAUAUUGGGGACAGGAAUGGAUACUCAAGAUACAUCUCCUUCAGUCUUGCUUUUUUUUGACAGGCAAAGGUUUAUAUUCAAUGCCGGAGAGGGAUUGCAACGGUUCUGUACAGAGCAUAAGAUUAAAUUAUCAAAGAUAGACCACAUAUUUCUCUCUCGCGUUUGCUCAGAGACUGCAGGUGGACUUCCAGGUUUGCUGUUGACUUUGGCUGGCAUGGGAGAAGAAGGAAUGUCUGUCAAUGUUUGGGGUCCAUCAGAUCUCAAGUAUUUAGUUGAUGCCAUGAGGUCUUUCAUCCCAAAUGCUGCUAUGGUUAACACUCGGAGCUUUGGGCCUGAACUAAGUUCUGUUGUUGCCGCUAUGCCCGAUUCAAGUAAGUCUCUAGAUCCCAUUGUUCUCAUCAAUGAUGAGGUUGUCAAAAUAUCAGCCAUUCUCCUACAACCAAAUUGCGGGGAAGGGCGGCAACUCUUGAAUGAAGAGCCCAUCUCAGAAAAGGGUCUGGAAGAGACGAUGGAUCAUAUCACAAAACCACUUAGUCCAGACAGUAGAACUGGGUCUGCUAUAAAGCCUGGUGAUAUGUCUGUAAUAUAUGUCUGUGAAUUGCCAGAGAUCAAGGGGAAAUUUGACCCGGCCAAAGCUAUUGCUCUUGGUCUUAAACCAGGCCCUAAGUAUCGUGAACUGCAACUUGGCAACUCAGUGAAGUCAGAUCACCAAAAUAUCAUGGUUCAUCCAAGUGAUGUAAUGGGUGCUUCUGUUCCCGGUCCCAUUGUAUUCCUUGUCGACUGCCCGACAGAGUCUCAUUUGGAGAAGUUAUUGUCUAUACAAUCUCUCAGUAGUUAUUAUGCAGAUCACUCAGGCAACCCGCCAGAUGGUUCUAAGACUGUUACUUGUAUCAUUCAUUUAAGUCCUGCGUCUGUCAUAAGUAGUUGCAAUUAUCAGAAAUGGAUGAAAAGAUUCGGUUCAGCCCAACAUAUCCUGGCUGGACAUGAAAAGAAGAAUGUGGAGAUUCCAAUUCUAAAAUCAAGUGCAAGAAUUGCAGCACGACUUAAUUAUUUGUGUCCUCAGUUUUUUCCAGCUCCAGGUUUUUGGUCUCUUCAGCAGCUUAAUUCCUCAGCACCAGACUCCAUUGCUUCAAGUGAGGGUCCAGUUUUGGAGCUACAGGAAACAAUUUCUGCUGAAAAUCUCCUCAAGUUCACUUUGCGUCCUUUUGCUCAUCUUGGGUUGGAUAGAUCUGGUAUUCCAAGUUCAAUGUCUCCCUCAGAAGUCAUCAAUGAGUUACUGGCAGAGGUUCCAGAAAUUGCGGAUGCUGCCCAACAUGUUAGUCAGUUGUGGCAUGCGUUGAGAGAGACAGAGGGAACAUAUCCUAUGCAAGAUAAUCAAGUUAUGAUGGUUGAAGAGCCAUGGUUGAAUGAGAAUACUCUUCCUAGUUGUUUGGAGAAUAUAAAGAGAGAUGACUUAGAGAUUAUUCUUCUUGGGACCGGUUCAUCCCAGCCGUCUAAAUAUCGAAAUGUUAGUUCAAUCUACAUUAAUCUUUUCUCAAAAGGAGGUGUGCUCUUAGAUUGUGGUGAAGGAAGCCUGGGACAGUUGAAAAGAAGAUUUGGUGUAGAGGGUGCUGACUAUGUUGUGAGAGGUCUACGGUGUAUUUGGAUUUCUCAUAUCCAUGCCGACCAUCACACUGGCUUGGCAAGAAUACUUGCUCUGCGACGUGAUUUAUUGAAGGAAGUGCCCCAUGAACCGUUACUGGUUAUAGGGCCAAGGCAGCUUAAGAAAUACUUAGAUGCAUACCAACGACUUGAAGACUUAGAUAUGCAGUUCCUUGAUUGUAAGCACACUACAGAGGCUUCAUUGGAUGCUUUGGAAAGCACUACCAGAUCAAGGACGGGUCACUUUUCUCCAGGAAGUCCAAUUAAUGUUGAGGAUAUGAACGAUAAAAAUUCAGAUGGGUCAACUGGACAGGGUAUAGAUUGUACUCUCUUUGCUAGAGGAUCCCGUAUGCAGAGCUAUUGGAAGAGACCGGGUAGUCCAGUUGACAAUGGCAUGGCUUUGCCAAUCCUAAUGAGGUUGAAGAAAGUUCUUAGUGAAGCCGGUUUGGAGGCCUUGAUUAGUUUCCCUGUUGUGCACUGUCCACACGCAUUUGGUGUUGUGUUGAAAGCGGCAGAGAGAACCAAUAGUGUUGGAAAAGCGAUACCAGGGUGGAAGAUUGUGUACUCAGGUGACACUAGGCCCUGCCCAGAACUGAUAGAAGCAUCUCGUGGUGCAACAGUUCUUAUACACGAGGCAACUUUUGAGGACGGCAUGGUGGAAGAGGCUAUUGCAAGAAACCAUAGCACAACAAUGGAAGCUGUAGAGGUUGGGAACUCUGCUGGUGCUUAUCGCAUUAUCCUUACCCACUUCAGCCAGAGAUAUCCGAAAAUUCCAGUAUUCGAUGAGACACACAUGCAUAAGACAUGCAUUGCUUUUGACAUGAUGAGUGUUAAUGUAGCAGAUUUGCCAGUACUUCCAAAGGUUCUUCCAUACUUGAAACUGCUUUUUAAAAACCAGAUGAUAGGUGAUGAGUCAAAUGAUGUUCUAGAUGCUGUAAGUGCAGCAUCAUAACAUUUUUUUUUUUUUUUUUUUUGAUAUUAUAAAAUUGGCUUUCCUCUUUUCUUUCA